UGUCUGGAGGGGAGGACUCGGGAGCGCGACCAGCGAGGGAUCGAUCGGAUUAAACUCGAUUUGAGUGAAAUUAACACAAAGGAGAGAAGAGCAACGCGCACUAGUCGGCGAGGUCGCGGAACCGAGACACGCCGGAGAAUUAUCUCAUCAAUUACUAACUUGAACUUUUUUUUCCUCAUCUGUUUAUUUAUAUUUCAAGCGAGAGAGAAAAGAAAAAGGACCACGGUGGAUUUUUUUUUUUCAAGCAAGCGGAGAUACUAACGAGGAGUUGAUUUGAUAAAAAAGCCCGAAGUGACCGAGCUUGUUGGGAACCUUAAUUAGGACCAUGGAGUAGCAAGCUUCAAAUUUGCAGCUAGCUGAUUAGCUCCUCACUGCACAACACACCUCCCUCCAUCCAGUCCCAUCCAUCUGUGGGCCCCCCACCCAGCCAUGGCGGACCCAGGGAUGUUGAGUUUAUUUGGGGACGAUGCAGGGCUGUUCUCGGAUGGAUUAGAUGGUUUAGGAGACUGCUUUCCUCAGCAGCCUGCCACAGCCCAGUCCAACCCCUUAGCCCAGCAGACUAAUCCCUCUCUGAACCAUGAGCACCAGGGAAACAGGGGUUACCACCAGGGGAUGAUCCACGGUGCUGGGCCCAACCCGGCGCAGCCUAAAUUGGGCCAAAUGUACGACCACGGCCCCUACACAGGCUACGACCAACCUGGUGCCCCUGCAGGACGAAUGAUGGCCCAGAAUGGUCCCAGCCAGGGGCCACCAAAUGUGAACACGGCCAUGAAUGGCAUGGCUUCUCACUACCAUAAUAACCCAGCUAACUCCAGCAACCCCCACCAUGGGUACCCGGGUGAUGCUGGGGGAGGAGCAGGAGCCGGUGGGGGUGGAGUUUGGGGCCAGCAGCAGCAGCAGCCGCAGCAGCAGAGCAGAUCAGCUUAUCAGCAGCCUCCGACACAAGCAGGCAGCGCCCCCAACCAGAUGGGAGGCUACCAAAUGUCUCAAGGCAACUAUGGUGGGAUGCAAGGCCCACCAACACCCAAUGCAGCUCGCAUGAACCAACACUACCCUUCACAGAGCAUGGCACCACCUCCACAGACCAUGGCCCCCCCUCCUGCUCAGGACCCAUCUCACUACCUGGGACAUGUUGGAAUGGGGGGGGCCCAGAUGAGACACCCCCAGCCCCAGGCACAACCCCAGGGGUACACCAACAUGGGCCACGCACCCCGAUACCCACACUCCCCCUCGCGACAGCCUCCACACCCCCACCAGCACCAACAGAACAUGGGGGGGUUUGCAGGUGGCCAGUUUCCUGGAUAUCAGGCCCAGUACGGAGCCAUGGGACCUGGGAUGGGCCAGGGUGCUAAUGCUAAUGUCAGUGCUAACACCAGCCAGGCAAUGGGAUCAGGGCAGCUUGGCCAGAGGUUUAACCAGGGAUCAGGCCCAGCAGCUGGGCAACAGGGGCAACGGUACCCUCCUGGACCAACACACCAACCCCAGCCCCAUCAGACCCAUCCUGCCCCCAUGCAGCAGCAGGCAGGGCAGCAGGGCCAGCCUAUGCACCCCCAAAAUCUGCCCCAGGCCCAAAACCAGCCCCAGUCCCACCUUGCCCCCCCAGCUCAGGGAUCCUACCCCUCCCCCUCAUCCAUGUCACCCAUGCGGGUUUUGGGAACCCCAACCCCUCCUCCCCAACAAGGCAGACCCCCUAGCGCAGGACUAGCUGGACCCCCAGAGGUUGCAGGGUACACAGCCAUGCAGACUCCACCCAAUGCUAUGGUCCAUCCACAGAGAACUCCCCAAAUCCCCCUGUCUGCCCCACACCCCCAUCACCAGCAGCCCCACAAUCUGCCCCCCAACGCAGGGCAGAUGUACUCUGGCAUGGGGCCACAGCGAGGACCACCAAUGGGGCCAAACAGGCCUCAGCAGCAGCAAGGGCCUCAUGAAGCUCCAGUCAGCCAGGGGGGGGACCAGCGUCUGCUCCAGGCCUCCCAGCAGGCCUCUCGGAGCGGCCAGCAGCCCCUGCAGCCCCCUCCCAUGGGCUUCCAGGGUCCGACUGUGGGUCAACACGGGGUUCCGGCCCCGAACCAGGGCAUGGCAUCACCCGCCCAAAACGCUCAGACGCAGCACGCACACAUGCCCCCCCAGCCCCACCACCUGCAGAGCACGCCCCCUCCCCCCAGCCAGGCCUCCCACCCAUGGGCACCUCCGCCUUCCGCCUCCCACCCGCUCUCCUCGCCACCUCUUACCCCACAGAAAGUGCCUCACGUACAGCAUUCCCCCACCGACCCGUCAGUCGAUGCCUCAAUGAUGGUUCCUGACAGGCCGACAGUCGGCGCCGGUGCCCCCGGACAGCUUAUCAGCACAGAGCAGCCCAGCACCCAGGAGACCAAGCCAAAAAAGAAGAGAAAGAAGAAAGCUAAAGUAGUGGACGCAGAGGAAGAAGAGGGAGUGAAGACGGCGACGAGAGAAGCAGCGGAGGAAGACGUGAAGUCUGAUUUCCCCGGAACAGGAAGUGAUGCGGGUGAACAGGUUACUGGCACAGGAAAUGUAGAGGGAAGUUCACCGGUGGUGGAGGAGAAGAAGAAGCGGAAAAAGAAACCAAAGGAGAAGGCAGAGGGCAAGGAGCCCAAAGAGCCCAAGACCCCCAAGACGCCCAAAACACCCAAGACCCCCAAAGAGCCCAAGGAGCCCAAGGAGAAGAAAACCAAGACCCCCACGCCCAAGACCAAGACCCCCAAGAAAACCAGCAGUAAGAAGGUGGAGUCUGAGGGCGGGGCUAGCGCUGCUAAGAAGGAUUCCAAGAGGAAGAGAGAGCCGUCAGUCAGCGACGACGUGGAGGUGAAGUCUCCACCACCCUCACCUCCCGAGGAAGAGGAUGAUGAUGGUGUCCAGAAGCGUCGCUCCAGCCGCCAGGUGAAGAGGAAGAGGUACACGGAGGAUCUGGAGUUCAGGAUCUCAGAGGAGGACGACAGCGGAGACGACUCGCCAACACCCAAGUCUCCUUCAGCACAACAACAGCAGGACGUGGCUGACGUGGAGGGCCCCGUGGUGGAGAAGAUCAUGGGCAAACGCCUCACCAAGAAACAGCUGGAGUCGGGGGAGGAAGUGGAGGUGGAGGAGUUCUAUGUCAAAUUCAAGGGCUUUUCGUACCUCCACUGUCGCUGGGCGGACCUGGAGGAGCUGGAGAAGGACAAGAGAAUACACCAAAAGGUCAAGAGGUUCAGGGCCAAGCAACAACUCAACAGCUUCAUCACUGAGAUGGAUGAUGAGCCUUUUAACCCAGACUAUGUGGAGGUGGACCGUGUCCUGGACGUUUCAGAGAGCACAGAUGAAAACGGAGAGACGGUGACCUUAUAUCUGGUGAAAUGGUGCAGCCUGCCUUAUGAGGACUCCACCUGGGAGCUGAAGGCCGACAUCGACCAGUCCAAGAUAGAAGAAUAUGAAGAGAUCGCUGCACGCACCCCCGACACUAAGAGAGCGGAUCGGCCUCCUGCAGCCGAGUGGAAGAAGCUGGAGGGCUCCAGGGAUUACAGGAACAGCAACGCACUCAGGGAAUACCAGCUGGAAGGCCUCAACUGGCUCACCUUCAACUGGUUCAACUCACGUAACUGUAUCUUGGCAGACGAGAUGGGUCUGGGGAAGACCAUCCAGUCCAUUACAUUCCUCUAUGAGAUUUACAUGAAGGGCAUUAGGGGGCCGUUCCUGGUCAUCGCCCCGCUCUCCACCAUCCCCAACUGGGAGAGAGAGUUCAGGACCUGGACCGAGCUCAACGCCGUGGUCUACCACGGCAGCCAGGCCAGCCGCAAGACCAUCCAGGCCUACGAGAUGUACUACAGAGACACACAGGGUAAGGUAAUAAAGGGAGCGUACCGGUUCCACGCCGUGAUAACCACCUUUGAGAUGAUUCUGACUGACUGUCCGGAGCUCCGCAGCGUGCCGUGGCGCUGCGUGGUCAUCGACGAAGCCCACCGCCUCAAAAACAGGAACUGCAAACUACUGGAAGGACUCAAAAUGAUGGACAUGGAGCACAAAGUUCUGCUGACAGGAACUCCUCUCCAGAACACUGUGGAGGAGCUCUUCAGCUUACUCAACUUCCUGGAGCCUGAGCGCUUCCUGUCUGAACAAACAUUUAUGACUGAAUUUGGAGACCUCAAGACUGAAGAGCAGGUUCAGAAACUGCAAGGCAUUCUGAAGCCCAUGAUGCUGAGGAGACUGAAGGAGGACGUGGAGAAGAACCUGGCCCCGAAGGAGGAGACCAUCAUUGAGGUGGAGCUGACCAACAUGCAGAAGAAAUACUACCGGGCCAUUCUGGAGAAGAACUUCACUUUCCUGUCCAAAGGAGGUGCAGGAGGAGGAGGUGGAGGAGGCGGAGGAGGAGGAUCCAGCGUCCCCAACCUCCUGAACACCAUGAUGGAGCUGAGGAAAUGCUGCAACCACCCCUACCUCAUUAAUGGAGCGGAAGAGAAGAUCGCGGAGGAGUUCAGGGACUCCCACGGCGGCAGGGCAGACAUGCCGGACAUGGCCCUCCAAGCCAUGAUCCAGUCUGCUGGCAAGCUGGUGCUCAUCGACAAGCUGCUGCCCAAACUGAAGGCAGGCGGACACAGAGUCCUGGUGUUCAGUCAGAUGGUCCGCUGUCUGGACAUCCUGGAGGACUACCUCAUCCAGAAACGGUAUCCUUACGAGCGUAUCGACGGCAGAGUGCGCGGUAACCUGCGGCAGGCGGCCAUCGACCGUUUCUCCAGACCGGACUCGGACCGCUUCGUCUUCCUUCUGUGUACGAGAGCCGGAGGACUGGGCAUCAACCUGACGGCUGCAGACACCUGCAUCAUCUUCGACUCCGACUGGAACCCUCAGAACGACCUGCAGGCUCAGGCCAGGUGUCAUCGUAUCGGCCAGUCCAAGGCGGUGAAGAUCUACCGUCUGAUCACCAGGAACAGCUACGAGAGGGAGAUGUUCGACAAGGCCAGUCUGAAGCUGGGGCUGGACAAGGCCGUCCUGCAGAGCAUGAGCGGGAGGGAGAACGCCAACAGCGGGGUCCAGCAGCUGUCCAAGAAGGAGAUCGAGGAUCUGCUGAGAAAAGGAGCAUACGGAGCUCUGAUGGACGAGGAGGACGAAGGGUCAAAGUUCUGCGAGGAAGACAUCGACCAGAUCCUCCAGAGACGAACUCACACCAUCACCAUCGAGUCUGAGGGCAAAGGAUCCACCUUCGCUAAGGCCAGUUUUGUUGCAGCAGGUAACCGGACAGACAUUUCCCUGGAGGAUCCAGAUUUCUGGCAGAAAUGGGCCAAAAAGGCCGAGCUGGACCUGGACGCCAUGAACGGACGGAACACUCUGGUGAUCGACACGCCGAGGGUGAGGAAGCAAACUCGCCACUUCAGCAGCGUCAAAGAGGACGAGAUGCUCGAGUUCUCCGAGCUGGAGAGCGACGACGACGAGCCCAGCAAACCCUCGUCCAAACCCAGACGGCCCCAGGACAAAGCCCAGGGGUACCCCCGAUCUGAGUGCUUCAGGGUGGAGAAGAACCUGCUGGUCUACGGGUGGGGUCGGUGGAGUGACAUCCUGGCUCACGGACGCUUCAAGCGUCCCCUGAAGGAGGCGGACGUGGAGACGAUCUGCAGAGCGCUGCUGGCCUACUGCCUGCUGCAUUACCGUGGAGACGAGAACAUCAAGAGCUUCAUCUGGGACCUGAUCACCCCGACCGCUGACGGGACCACCAAGACGCUGACCAACCACUCUGGUCUCUCUACUCCGGUCCCUCGGGGCAGGAAGGGCAAGAAGGGGAAGCCCGCGGCCCCGCCCCCACAGACGCCGCGAGCUGAUUGGCUGGCCAGCUGCAACCCUGACCACCUCCUGCAGGAGGACAGCUACAAGAGACACCUGAAGCACCACUGUAACAAGGUGCUGCUGAGGGUCAGGAUGCUGUAUUACCUGCGACAGGAAGUCAUAGGCGACCAGGCCGAACGGAUCCUGGAAGGAGCCGAGUCCAGUGAGCUGGACGUCUGGAUCCCCCAGCCGUUCCACGCCGAGGUCCCGGCCGACUGGUGGGACAGCGAGGCCGACAAAUCCCUGCUGCUGGGCGUCUUCAAACACGGCUACGAGAAGUACAACUCGAUGCGAGCCGACCCCGCCCUGUGCUUCUUGGAGAGGGUGGGCAUGCCGGACGCCAAGGCUAUCGCUGCCGAGCAGAGAGGCUCUGACAUGAUGGCAGAUGGCGCCGAGGGUGAAGACGAGGAUCCGGAGUACAAGCCGCUCCGGAUGCCUUUCAAAGACGAAAUGGACGACUUCACCAACUCGCCGCUGGACGACAAAGACGACACGGUGGAAGGUGAAGCUGAAGCUAAAUCAGGUGAAAAUGGCCAAAGUGCCCUCUCUGUGGGCGGAGCUUCGGGCUCCAACGAGCGACUCUAUUGGCCGGCGGCCUCGGCGCUGACCGCCCGCCUGCGCCGCCUCAUCACGGCGUACCAGCGCUCCAACCGCCGCGAGCAGCUCCGCCAGGAGGCCCUGAACCGGCCCGACGGGCGCAGACGGCGACGCAGGGACUUCCUGCCGGCCAUCGGCAUGGUUACGGAUACGGGAGGAGGAGGGGCCGCCUACAUCCAAGAAGGAGCGGGGGUGUUCUUGACAGAAGGAAGCCCAUAUUUGGCUAAAGGAAGUGCUUACUUUGCCAAAGGUGGGCAGUUCCUGCCAGAAGCUUCACCAGUGAUGACCGCCAGCUCCCUGAUGACUGACGGAGCCAUGUACUACAAGGAGAGGAGGCAAAGGUGGACUCGUCGUGAGGAGGCUGAUUUCUACAGAGUGGUUUCCACCUUCGGAGUCGUCUUUGAUACGCAGCGUCAGAAGUUUGACUGGGCUCAGUUCAGGGCCUUCGCUCGACUGGACAAGAAAACCGACGAGAGCUUGGAAAAAUAUUACUAUUCCUUCAUCGCCAUGUGUAAACGGGUGUGCAGGAUGCAGGUCAAGACUGAAACAGAACUCCCAGACCCGACCCUGAUCAUCGACCCCAUCACAGAGGAGCGAGCCUCCCGGACCCUGUACCGCAUCGAGCUGCUCCGGCGGAUCCGAGAGCAGGUCCUCCCCCACCCGCAGCUCUCAGAGCGCCUCAAGCUCUGCCAGCCCUCCCCGGACCUCCCCGAGUGGUGGGAGUGUGGCCGCCAUGACCGGGACCUCCUCCUGGGGGCCUCCAAGCACGGCGUGAGCCGGACAGAUUAUCACAUCCUGAACGACCCGACCCUGGCCUUCCUGGACGCCCACCAGAGGUUCACCAGCCAGCGAGGGGGCGGAGCCACCGGGGGGAUCCAGGGAGAACUCACCAAAGCGGGGCUGGGUGAAGCAGGAGGCUCUGCUCCUCUCCUCACCAACGCAGAGCUGGCGAGCGCCGAAGCUGCUGCCAAGAUUGCCGUUAAUGCGGCUAAAGAGGAGGAGGGAGGAGAAGGGAAGGAGGUGAAGGAGGAAGUGAAGAUGGAAACGGAGAAAGAAGACGCCAACGACAUUCCAUGUACCAAGACUGAAACUCCUGAUGAGGAGAAGGAACAUGAGGGAGAGGUCAGAGAAGGGAAAGAUGAAAUCACUGCCUCAUCACCAGGGAAGGAGGUGAAGAAAGAGGAGGAGGAGGAGGCCCAGCCAAAAGUAGAACAAGAGGAGGAGAGCGGAGAAGGAGAGAAGUCUUCCGAAGCAGCAGACGACCAAGACAAAGACGAGACAGAAGAGAAGAAGAGUCCGACCCCCGUCGACUCUCUCAGGGACCAGAAGGAGGCGAGUGAGGAGCUGAUGGAGCAGCCCGACUCCUCCCCUAAAGCACAACCAGGCCUCAAGACGGCCGAGCAGGAGGACGGGGAGGAGAACCCGGAGUCUCCCAAGUCUCCAAAGUCAGCUGACCCAGAGAAAAGUCCAGAGGAGGAGGAGAGGAUGGAUGAAGACGACAAAUCAGAGAAAUCCUCUCAGGCUGAAGCGAGCGCGGCGUCGGAGCAGAAGAACUUUGAUGAGGAUAGCAUCGCGUCUCUCAGCACCUCGGCCCAGAACGAGACCAGAGACGGGUUCUGCCCCGACGACCUGCCGGAGACCUCGGCGCUGCAGGCCCUGCAGGACCGCGCCUACGGCUUCUCCUUCUGGCCUAAGGACCGAGUGAUGAUCAACAGGAUGGAUAAUAUCUGCGAGGCCGUCCUGAAGGGCAAGUGGCCCGUUAACAGGCGCCACAUCUUUGACUUCCCCAGCAACCUGUUGCCGGGGCACGGCUCCGCGGUAACCGCGGCGGCCGUAGCCACGGUGACCGAGAGCCCGCUGCAGAGGCGGAGCCUAGCGGAGCUGACCAUGGCAGGCAUGCACACGCCUUACAGCGGGAGCGAGGACAAAACGCUGUCGCCACAGGUUCAUGAGGACGCUCCUCGUCAGAGACGGAGGAGGAGGAGGAAGAUCGAGAUCGAGGCGGAGAGGGCGGCCAAGAGACGAAACCUGAUGGAGAUGGUGGCUCAGCUGAGGGAGAGCCACACUGCUGCAGAGAGCCAGAGCCAGGCCAUAGACCUCACCAAGGGUAUGCACCAUCACCACAAGGCCUCUCCAUCAUUGGCUGGCUUCCCCAGCGCCCUGGUGACCAGCCCCUCCCUCAAAGCCCAGAUGGAGCUGCUGCAGCAAGCCCCGCCCUCCGGACACAGAGCCAAUGGCUCGCUGGAGGCCGACCUGCCAAUCAUGAGGAGGAGGCGGGGCCGCAGGAAAAAUGUGGAGGGCCUGGAGCUGCUGUUCAUGGGCAACAAGAGAGCAGGAGGGGAUGAAGCAGACGGGACGAAGGUUUCAGGUGCGGAGGGCGUUCAGGAAGCUGCUCGCGCCCACAGAGCCCUCAGCGUCCCAGAGCAGAGCCCCAGCGCCAGAUCUUUGGCCUCGGGGAGUCUGGAGGAGGACGAGGCAGCCGUCUCCAACAAAGAGCUGGGAGAGUGGCUGAGGCAGCACCCCACAUACACCAUGGACAUGGCUGGAUUCACACCAAAGAGCGAGGACUUGCUGCUGUCUCAGUUCUCUAAGCCCAAGCAGAAGCGCCAUCGCUGCCGGAACCCCAACAAGAUCGACAUCAACACCCUGACCGGAGACGAGAGAGUCCCCGUCGUCAACAGACGUAACGGACGCAAGAUGGGCGGAGCCAUGGCUCCACCAAUGAAGGAGCUUCCCAGAUGGCUGAUGGAGAACCCGGAGUAUUCUAUCGCCCCUGAUUGGACAGACAUCGUCAAACAGUCGGGUUUCCUCCCAGAAGCCAUGUUUGACCGCCUGCUGACUGGCCCCGUGGUCAGAGAGGAGGGCGUGCGUCGUCGGGGGCGACGACCUAAAUCUGAGAUCGCCAAGGCGGCCGCCGCUGCCCAGGCCGCCGCCGCCGCUCAGGCUGCUCAGGCUUCACUGGCCACCGCCGCUUCAUCUGCAGGAGGCAUCAACCCUCUGCUGCUCAACAGUCUGUUUGGCGGGAUGGACCUGUCGUCCCUGCAGAGCCUCCAGUCUCUCCAGCUGGCGGCCGGUCUGAUGGCGUUCCCGCCGCCCACCGACCCCAAGCAGGCGGCCGCCAGCGCCGCCGCCGCCUCCAUGUUGCCCCUCAUGAUCCCCGGCAUGGGAGGCCUGCCCAACAUGGCCGCCAUCCCCAACAUGUUCAGCCUGGGCGGCCUCUUCGGCGGCAACCUGGCGAGCGCCGCGGCCGCAGCCUCCGCGUCCAACGCCGCCGUCACCGCCGCCGCGUCCCGAAACACCAACGGGACGACGGAGGGCGACGGAGGAGACAGCGACGAGACGGUGACGACGAAGAGGAAGAGAGACGAAGAGGACCGAGAGGAGGGAGACGACUGUGAGGAGGCGGGAGGAGACGAGGAGGAGGACGAGGCGGACAGGAGUCAGGACGCCGCCAAGAAGAGGAAGAAGGAGAAAGCGGCGGCGGCGGCGGCUCAGAUUCCGGCUGCUGAUUCGUCGGCCGAGGCGUCCAUCAACGGCGACACGGCGGCGCUGUUGGCGGCCGCCGGCAUGUCGGCCAACUCGCUGGCCUUCAACCCGUUCCUCCUCUCCACCAUGGCGCCCGGCCUCCUCUACCCCUCCAUGUUCCUCCCCCCGGGCCUCGCCGGCCUCAGCCUGCCCGGCUUCCCCACCGCCGCCACGCUGGCCGAGCUGCAGAGCGCCAUGGCCGGGGCGCUGGGCGGCAACAACGCCAUGACCGCUAACCCCCCGAGGGACGAGCAGGAGGGCAAGAAGGAGAAAGACGAGGAGGAGGAGGACGAGGAGGAGGGAGGAGGAGAGAGUGACUUGGCGGAGGAGAAGGAGGACGGAGCGGAGGAGGAGAUGAGAGGAGACGACUCGGCCCUGGAAGAUGGCGGACUAGGAGACGAGGAGGAGUCGGAGGAGGCGGCGGCGUCUCCUCAGAAGGAGAAGAGUGACUGAAUAAACUAACUGACUGACGGCCUUGGACAUGUUCUCCUCCUGUUUACACCUCCUCCACAAAUAUCCAAACUAUUAUCAACCCUCUUUUUGUUUCUCCCUCUUUACAUUGUUGUUAAUGAUUUCUCACUCUUUGUUGUUAUUUUUUUGAGCAGGUAUAUUUACUAUGUGUCAGAGAGAACGAGGUGUGUGUGUGUGUGUGUGUGUGUGUGUGUUAAGUUAAUCUCUCUGAUGAUAGUUGUAGUCAGGGAAACCUCAACGCCACUCGCUCCUCAGAGCCGGCUCCUCCUCUUAAAGACUCUUUCUGUCUGCUGAGCCUUUCGUCUCAACCCACAAUCCUUCAAAUAGGACUUCACAAGGUUCCAAUAGUGCUAUUAUUAUUAUUAUUAUUAUUAUUAUUAUUAUUAUUAUUGCUGCUUUCAGCUCUCAAUUGUUAUUUUGUUAUUUUUUGCUUCCCUCUCUUUAGUCUCUCAGACUGUUUUGUUGAUGGCAGCAUCUCAUCAUCAGAAGGAGAAAGGAGAAACUCCUGCUGGAGGUGCUUUUUUCUAACAUUGGUUCUCAUAAAAACAAAACAGCAUUACAGCUAAACUCAGCUGUCUGUCUGAUAAAGCUGCUGCAGAAAGGAAUUGUGGGUAAUGGAGUCGAUGGAGCUGUUCUGUUUGUUUCAGAGCAGAUUUCUUUUUAAGUUCUCACAUAUCAGACCAGCUAGACUGAGGAGGAAGAAAACCAGACUGGCCUAAAAAACUCAGUCUCACACACUGACCACCACAACACACACACACACACACACACACACAGACGUGCUCAUUAGCUGCACACACACAUUCAGAUGUCCACCACUACACACACACUACCCCCCAACCCUCUGUCAUGUGACUGUUUCUGGAAGGACUCGUCCCUGCAGCUGUUUUUUAUUUUUUUUCCUUUUUGAGUGUAUGUGUGUGUGCUCGUGCGUGUGUUUUGUGCGCACUGAACCAAUACUGUUAACCAGUCCCACACUGUUUAAAUGCCAGUCUUGAGUCUUUCCACUGCCACAUCUGGAUCCUGUGUCUCCUCUGGAGGCGGUUGGUGUUCCUGGCGGCGGAGUGGCAGGCGGGCUGGGUCUGCCGCCGGUCAGCCUCGCUCUGAUUGGUCCGCUCCGUGCUGCCGGGAGCCAACCGUCUCCUCUGGAGGUUUUUCUGUGAACGGAUUCGGAGCGGCGGUCCACACAGCGAUGUGAUGUUUCAGGUUUAUUCUUUUAAAAAAAGGGGGCACAUGAGAUGGUUGAAUUUCCCGGUCGCUGCCACAUUAAAAUCCUUUUUUUUUUUUUAAUUUCUAUUUCUUUUUUUUCCUCAUAUCCCGGUAGUUUCAGACCAAGUGCUGCUCCCUAGUGACCUUCUCUCUUUAAAAAGACUGUUUCUCUAGUCACACACACUGACACCAGGCCUGGUCCCAAACAGGACUGAGACACAUUUUCAACAGAGUUGGAAAUUUACAAGUUUCUUUAUAUAUGAAGUUCAACUCGAACUGGUCGCUGAGAACCUUUUUGAAUACUUGAAAGCUGCACGCGCUGCUUGAUUUGUUUCCUCCUUCCCUUCCCAAGGCCAGUUCAAGUGUCCGGAGACAAGUCAAGCACCGCGAGUGGUUCAAAUAUUUGAAAAUCCAUUCAAACACACACUGUGGCCAGCUCAUAUUAACAUUUGCUCUCCCAGCCAGCAGCCAGCGGAGCAGAGAGGGACACUCCCUCCUUCUCUCGUCUAAUGCUGAGUCAGCAAUAACCAAGGCAGCUUUUGAAUGUUCCAACAUCACUCUCCCAACACACACACACACACACACACAUAUACACACACACUAUAUGAAUAACCACAAGUGUCGUAUGGAUAGAAAACUAAACUAAAAACUGUAAAUGAUGACAAAUAAGUACUGCAAUCAAUUUUGUCUCACUCUGUUCCUGUUGAUGCACUGGUGUUAAAGAGUUAAAAUAAUCAGGUACCUUUAUUACUUAGCUA